AUGUCCGAAUCUCCGGUCAACCACCACCACCACCAGGCUUCCCGCCUCGAGGGCCAGAAGAAGAAGAAGAAGCCCCAGCGCGGCGGCCGCAAGCCCCUGAGCUGCCUCGCCUGUCGGCGACACAAGCUGAAAUGCGACCGCGAGGUGCCCUGCGGGACGUGCAUCCGCUACCGCCGGGAGACGCUGUGCCGCCAGAAUCCGGCGCCUCCGAAGCGCGGCCGGACUGCUAACAGUACUCGCAACCACAAGGAAGAAGACGUCCGUGAUAUUGACACGGAUGCUUCCGCUGGUUCAGAGCCGCCGCCGGAUGCUGAGUCGGAGGCUGUUGACGAACCAGAAGGGCCGGGCCGGGCAUCUGCGGACGGGGAGGUUGUUCGCCUCCGGAGUAGCUUCCAUAAGGCCCCCGGAGGUGAUGAUGAUACCCAAGACACGGCAUUCUUCCUCCGGACUCUCGGUCUGGACGCAAAGGCGACUUCCAUCCCCGUGUCCGCGCUGCCGCAGCUUCUCGCUGAGAUUCAGAGCGCUGGUCAGCCGUCUGGGCUCUGGCACAUGAUGGAGGGAGCUGCGAGGAGACGGUACUGGGAGACGCAGCUGCGGUCUGCCUUGCCCUCGCGGUCGUUGUGCGACUUGUUGCUGAACUACUACCUGGACCACAUCAACUGGAUCUUCCAGAUCACGCAUGUGCCGUCUUUUCGCCGCAGGUAUGAAGAGGAGUUUUGGGAUGCCGCCGCUCCAGACCGCGGGCUGGACUUUGUAUUCGCGGCGCUCGUCUUCACAAUCAUUUCCGUCAGCGCUCUGUAUGUCCCUCCGGACGCAGUCGAGCUCUUCGGGUGCCCGCGGGAGUCAAUACGAGAUCUUGCCCAUCUGUGGCAUAGGGCGUCGCAUCAGGCGUUGCUGGCGGGGGAUUAUGAGGCGAGGCCGUGUGUGGUGCAGCUUCAGACGUUUUCCAUCACGCAGUUUUAUUGGUAUGCUACGAAUGGGAUUGAUGCGCUGAACUCACGGCUGGGGCAGGCUGUGAGGACUGCGCAGAAUCUUGGACUGGAUAAAGACGUGGCUCCGUCUCGGACGCUGGAGGAGGAGAUGAGGCGCCGGAUAUGGUGGGAUCUCGUUGAUUCCGAUACAUUCCAAUCCAUCUGCCUGAAUCGUCCUCCCCUGAUACGGCUCGAGUCUCCAGGGGUCCCUUUACCACUCAACUGCAACGACAGCGACAUGACAGAUUCAUCCCUCCAACCACGCCCCCACGACGAGCCGACCAUGAUGAUGCUCAACAUCUUCCGAGCCCGCUUCUUCAGACUGAUGAAUCGCCAUCUCUGCCACGGCAGCAGUGCCGAAGACGCGCACUCCUACGAAGCCAUCUGCAAGCUCGACGACGAGGUCCUCGGCAUCACGAGGUCUUACCCCUGGUUCUUCCAGCUCGAUCGCGACGGCAGGCCGCCUGCGCUUCCGCAGCCCCUCGGCGAGACACUCGCUUGGCAGAACCACAUCAUACGGACGUGCAUCAGCACGCAGCGCAUCCGAAUGCACCGCCCGUUUCUGGCCUCCCGCGUCGGCGCCUCCUGGGCGAGAUGCAUCGAGGCGGCGGAAGACGCCCUGGCCGUGUACGGGGCCAUCAGGACCAACCGGUCGACCACCUCGCGGCAAAAGUUCCUGCCGCAGGCAUACCAGGUAUUUUCCGUUGCGGUGACGGUCGCGGCGCUGCUUCUCGUGGAGGGCUCGCUGCCGAUUGCGGACGUGCGGCAGCGGAUUCGGGAUAUGGCGGACGACUUGCGGAUCGUGGAGGAUCAGGGGUGCGUCUCGCCGGUUGCUAGCCGUGGGAGGCGGGUUUUACUCUGGAUGCUGAGGCUCGUGGACAUGGGGAAUGAAGAAGCGGUGGCUUCUUCUUCAACUUUGGCUGAUGACGACGAUGCGGAUGGGCUUGCGGCGGAGAUUGGAUUCAUUUUUGGCGGAGAGCAGGCUGCGCGGACGUACAUGCAGCGCCUCAAGUCACGGCACCGGAUGCGCAUGAGGAGUGUCAGUGGCUCGAUGGCUUUGACGACGAAGCAGCAGCAGCAGCAGCAGCGACAGCGACGGUCGUCGGCGGUGGAGGAGGAGGCGUCGGCUUCGGACGAGCAGGAGACGCCGCUGCAGGAUGUGGGGGGGACGGAGCUGUAUCAGAUGAGUCUUGACAUGGAUGAUGUGGUGUUGCGGAAUCUGCUGGACUUUGAUAUGACGGCGUUGAUGGCUGAUGCACGAUUUGAAUGA